AUGAUGAUGUGCGAGGUGAUGCCCACCAUAUCUGAGGAUGGGCGCAGCAGCAGCGGCGGAGGCCCCACCUCGCCGCCCGGGGCCGGGGUGGGCCCCGCCGGAGCCAUGGGUGGAGGGGGAUUCAGCAACAGGGAGCCCAGGGGGGACGAAGGAGGCAGCACGGGGAACCUGGAGUCUCUGAUGGUCAACAUGCUGACAGAGAGGGAGAGGCUGCUGGAGAACCUGAGGGAGACGCAGGAGAGCCUGGGCACGGCACAGCUCCGCCUCCGCGAGCUCAGCCACGAGAAGGAGUCGCUCCAGAGGCAGCUGUCCAUCGCUCUGCCCCAGGAGUUCGCUGUGUUGACUAAGGAGCUGAACGUUUGCCGGGAGCAGCUUCUGGAGGAGGAGGAAAUUGCUGAGCUCAAGGCGGAGAGAAACAACACACGUCUGCUGCUGGAGCACCUGGAGUGUCUGGUGUCCCGCCACGAGCGCAGCCUGAGGAUGACGGUGGUGAAGAGGCAAGCCCAGUCCCCUGCAGGCGUGUCCAGCGAGGUGGAAGUCCUCAAGGCUCUCAAAUCCCUGUUUGAGCACCACAAAGCCUUGGACGAGAAGGUUCGAGAGCGGCUCCGUGUGGCCCUUGAGAGGGUGUCCAUGCUAGAAGAUCAGCUCGCAGCGUCUUCUCAAGAGGUAAUCUCUUUAAGAGACCAAAUUAAAAGACGUCAACAAGGGGUGGACGGCGGGAAAGAUCGGCUCCCCAACGGGCCCUCGUCUGGGCUGGAGGACGGGGAGCUGGAGAAGCAGAGGGAAGGGGAGAUCGAGCGGCAGAAAGCGGAGCUGUCCCAGCUGAGGGAGAGGCUGGCCCUCAUGUGCCGACAGGUUGGAGAAAUAGAGGAACAGCUUGCGGCCGCCAGGAGGGAGGUGACGAAGAUGGAGGAGGCCAAUCAGAAGCUCCAAAGGGAAGUGAAGGAGGCUCUCUGCCAAAGAGAAGACAUGGAAGAGAGAAUUACAACGCUAGAGCGAAGGUAUCUCAGUGCCCAGAGGGAGGCGACCUCUCUCCAUGACAUCAAAGACAAGCUGGAGAACGAGUUGGCCAGCAAGGAGUCCCUGUACAGACAAAGUGAGGAGAAGAAUCGGCAGCUGCAGGAGCGUCUGGAUGAGGCCAAGCAGAAGCUGCAGCAGACGCUGCAGAGGGCCGAGACGCUGCCGGAGAUCGAGGCGCAGCUCGCUCAGAGAGUUGCUGCUCUCAAUAAGGCAGAGGAGCGACACGGAAACUUUGAGGAGCGACUACGGCAAAUGGAAGCCCAGCUUGAAGAGAAAAAUCAAGAACUACAACGGGCCAGGCAGCGGGAAAAGAUGAACGAUGAACACAACAAACGGCUCUCGGAUACGGUGGAUAAGCUUCUGUCUGAGUCCAACGAGAGGCUUCAGCUGCACCUCAAAGAGAGAAUGGCUGCGCUGGAAGAGAAGAAUGCUCUUUCUGAGGAGCUGGCCAACAUGAAGAAAAUCCAAGAUGAUCUUCUCGCUAACAAGGAUCAGCUCCUGGCUGAGCUGGAACGAGUCCAACUGGAGCUGGAUCAGCUGAGAGGCAGACCCGGCUCCUCUUACUCCAGGGCGGGCAGCGUGAGCUCACUUCCCUCCACCCUUUUUCGAAGAUCUCUUCCAGGGAGCGCCUCCGAGCUGCGGUACCCUCAGGGCGGGGGCUCGCUCCCGGCCGGCUACGGCAACUCCUCCAGUGGGGUGGUGGUCAGGAGGGCCCACCGCGGCCGCUGGGGGCCUCCCAGGGACGACGGUGGCAAGUAUGGAGACUGGGACAGUAGCAACAUGUUGCCUCCUGGGUUUGAGGGCGGUGUUGACGGCGGCUGCUCUGAUGAUGAAGAGGACAGAGAGACUCUGUUUGGCUCUGAGCUUCUGUCUCCCAGCGGACAGACGGACGUUCAGACGCUGGCCAUCAUGCUGCAGGAGCAGCUGGAGGCCAUAAAUAAGGAGAUCAAGCUGAUUCAGGAGGAGAAGGAGAGCACGGAGCUGCGGGCCGAGGAGAUCGAGAGCCGGGUCAGCAGCGUGGCUCUUGAUGCCUCCCCUCUUCCUCCGUCCUCACUGGGAGGUCGGGACAGCGUGGGACGGGGCUACAUGACACCGUCCAUCACGUCCUCCACCCUGGCGUCUCCGUCGCCUCCCAGUUCUGGACAUUCCACCCCCCGCCUGCCCCACUCACCCGCCAGGGAGACCGAAAGACAGAACAGCAAAGAGGGUGAGGAAUGCCGAGCGCUCGCCCUGAUCGACUCCACGCCUCCGCCCGUCCCCCGAGCCCUGCGCUUGGACCGGAUGACUCACACACACCCGGGAGCCGGCCUAGACGACCACCGCGAGUUCCGCAGUCUUUCAGCUGAUGGCGCCACCACAGCGAGCCAGGAUUCCCUCCACAAAGCCAGCAAAAAGAAAAGCAUCAAGUCGUCCAUCGGGCGUCUGUUUGGCAAGAAGGAAAAGGGGAGAAUCGGCACGCCUGGGCGGGAAUCAUCCUCUCUGGCCUCCACUCCGUCUGAUGACCUUGGCUCGGCCGACCCAUUGGGCCUGGCGAAGCUCGGGACGGGAACGGUGGAGAAAGAUCGCCGCAGCAAAAAGAAACAUGACUUGCUGGAGGAAGCCUGUCGUCAGGGUCUUCCUUUCGCCUCCUGGGAUGGACCCACUGUCGUCACCUGGCUGGAGCUGUGGGUCGGGAUGCCUGCUUGGUACGUGGCAGCGUGCCGCGCCAACGUGAAGAGCGGUGCCAUCAUGGCCAACCUGUCGGACACUGAGAUCCAGAGGGAGAUCGGCAUCAGCAACCCUCUACACAGGCUAAAGCUUCGCCUGGCCAUCCAGGAAAUGGUUUCCCUCACGAGUCCGUCAGCUCCGGCGAGCACGCGCUCCUCAACCAGUAAUAUCUGGAUGACGCAUGCUGAGAUGGAGUCUCUCGCUGCUGCCACCAAACCAGAGCAGAAGGAGUUCAGCUGGGAUCAGAUUCUGGCCCAUGGAGACAUGAAUCAUGAGUGGGUUGGAAACGAGUGGCUGCCCAGUCUCGGUCUCCCCCAGUAUCGCUCCUACUUCAUGGAGUCACUGGUGGACGCCCGCAUGCUGGACCACCUCACCAAGAAGGAACUGAGAGGCCAGCUGAAGAUGGUGGACAGUUUCCACAGGGUGAGUCUUCACUAUGGGAUCAUGUGCUUGAAGCGCCUGAACUACGACAGGAAAGAGCUGGAGAGGAGGAGGGAAGAAAGUCAGCACCAGAACACAGAUGUGAUGGUGUGGUCCAAUGAGCGUGUGAUGUGUUGGGUUCAGUCAAUCGGUUUGAAGGAGUUUGCAGACAACCUUUUGGAGAGCGGGGUGCAUGGGGCCCUCCUGGCACUCGACGACACGUUUGAUUACACGGACUUGGCACUUCUUCUUCAGAUACCAAAUCAGAACACACAGGCGAGGCAGCUCCUGGAGAAAGAGUACAACGCUCUGAUCUCCAUGGGAACAGAACGGAGGCCUGAUGAGGACGGCACGAAAACGUUCACACGCUCCCCGUCUUGGAGGAAGAUGUUCCGGGAGAAAGAUCUCCGCGGCGUCACGUCCGAUUCCUCCGAGACGUUACCUGCCAACUUCCGUGCCUCCGCCAUCUCGACGCCCUCAGUCACGUUGAGGAAAGUCCAGAGCGAAGCUAACUCCGGUCCCAGAGGAGAGUCGGGUUCUGUGAGAACGUACUCCUGCUAA